UAAUUAACUUUAAAAAAAGUGAUGCUCGAAUCCUAUAAUUAUUAAGCAGCUAUUGAUUUUCAAAUCUUCUUAUAUUCUUGUCGUUGCGGAAAUUCUCUCGCACCCAAUCCUCGAAUGUCAUCUUAAUCGUGCGAUUGUAAAAAUUUCUAUACGUAUUUGAAAUCGUUGGAAGAAUUAGCUUUCCCGGGUGGUCAACGCAAUGGAAAAACGUGGCAACACAAUCUCCUUUUACUGCCAUGCAUCACUGUUUCUUAACCAAGUGGCCUUCGCAGAGAAAUUCAUUUCGUUUUCAUGGCAAGCGGAAUAUAAACUUUCCUUUAACGAGUCGCACCAAAGUUUUGAAGAGUUGCCUCCAGUUCUGCUUGCUUCGGGAUCCCAAAUCAAUGGAACUGCAAAUGCCGAUGCAGUUUUUCCAGAUGAUUCGUCCUCUUCGGUCAAACAUAUCAUCGAAAAUUCUGGGAAGGAUUUUCCACCUUCGUUACCCGGCUUCAGAUUCCGACGUGCUGCCGAAACCAACAAUGCUGUAGAACAAGAGCCUGAUUUCGUGGAAGAUUUGCAAAUUUCACCUGAGCUGAAAGUCCAAUUGUACACCGGAGUUAUUUUAACGACAAUCGGCCUAAUCGUCUUUGUCCUGUGUAUUUGGCCGCUUUUCGUCUGUCUCCGAAGUUGCUGGCGGUAUUCCACCACUUGCUGCCUUUCCUGUUGGGAUCUACUUAACUGCCGUGAUCCAGGUUAUCGUAUUAUGUGUCUUGCGGCAAAGCAGAACGGACUGGAUCCACCCACACCGGAAGAGUACGACCGCUUCAUGUCCGGUUGGGAAGAUCGAGCCCCUGAACUGCUGGAGACUUUGAUGGAAUCUUAAAAAUAUCUGGGAUGGCGAAAACCACACGUGUAAAUUUAACUCCUCCUCUAACAGCGAUGAGACUUUGUCAAACUACCGUCUGAAUUUAAUUAUAAUUACAAGAAUACAUCAACAUAGUUAAACUGAUACCAAACUUCAUAAUCUUCGCCAAGUAGGCAAAAUAAAAAUUAUCAAAACGCCUAAAUCAAUAUCUGCAGGCAUUUGCUAAAGUGCAUGGGCUGAAAGAAAUCGUGACAGGAAAAGUGAGAAGCGAACAAUAAAACCAAAUUAUUUUCUCGCAAUUAAUUAAUCAUAUUAGCAAGAACCAUGAAAGAUGAACAGCCAAACUUUCUGCAAAUAUCCCGAUUUCUUCUACACCCAGGAGUAAAACCAGCAUUCUUCCAGUCCUAUCCACUGACACCAAAUAUGUACGUACCGCCGAAUGUUUCAAGAGAAGCCUAUUUAUCUGCCAUUGCAUACG